AAACAAGUUUUAGAUUUGUAUUGAAUGAAAAAUGAAAGCUGUUGGAAAAAAUAAUAAUUCCAAUAUUUGUGAAACAUGUGGCAAGUGCUUUUUGAAGCCUGCUCUGCUCCAUCGCCAUCUAGUUGUGCACAGUCGAGCUAAAUUCUUUGCAUGCAACAGAUGCUGCAGUCAAUUCACACAGAAAAGUUCACUGCGGCGCCACCUACGCACUAAGCAUGAUGAGGUCAAUGACAGCGAUUCUUCCCAGGUGGCACAACAGGCUCUAGCUGCCUUAAAAGCACUGCAAGUCAGUCACACAAUUGUCGCUAACAAAGAUGUACAAACUCCUCUCGAGGAACAGCAGCUAAUCAGCUGUCAAGUGGUGCAGGUCAAGGAUGCGCUGAAUCCAAGGGGCGAGUUGCACUUUCUCCCCACGCAGCGCGUACAGCGUCGCCAGCAGCGUGUUAGCUACUUUUAUGUAUGCGACUAUUGCUCCAAGGAGUUUAGCAAGACCUACGAUCUCAUCCGACAUCGACGCUCGCAUACCAAAGAGAUGCCUUAUUGCUGCACUUUUUGCUUGCAUCGUUCUGCCACCCAGGCCAAGUUGAAUGAGCAUAUGAAGAGGUUGCAUGCCACCACGCCAAAGAAGCACACAUGCAGCGAGUGCAACGCUAGCUACAGUUUAAAAGCCAAGCUGCACAAACAUUUGGCGACAGAGCAUCCGGAUUCGGUUUACAGCUGUGCGCAGUGCAAGCGAACAUUCCUCAGCCAAGCAGCCUGCGAGGCACACGAGAAACUUGAGGCAGAUAUGCAGGUGGCAAAACUGGUGCCGCUGUUGCCCCAGCCAGCGAUUUCACAGCGCAGCUACAAAUGCAUCUACUGUGAGAAACAGUUCAGGAGAAAAUUCAACUGUCGCAUCCAUAUGGUGACCCACCUAAAGCGUUUGCUGGUCACGCGUAGAAUCCCAAAGCACAGCUGUCUGCAGUGUGGCAAGAAUUUCAAAAAGCUGCACGAUCUGGAACGGCAUCUGUUGACGCACUCCAAGCUCAAAUUGCACAUUUGUGGAGUGUGCCAGAAGCGCUUUACGCUCAAGCUAACAUUAAACCGGCACCUGCAGACACAUCAGGCAAAGCGCAAUCGCAUAAAUUGUCAGGUGUGUGGCAAAUCCUUUGCGUCCAGGACCUCCUUGCUGUUACAUUUGCGGCUGCACACCGGCGAGCGGCCAUUCAAGUGUGAAAUUUGCCAAGAAACGUUUCGAACGUCGGGGCACAAGUUGGAGCAUGUGCGAGGUGAACGGCACAGGAAUGCCUCUGGCUACAAUGCGCUUAUAUCUUGUGAUGAGGUUUAAUAAUAAUAAUAGAGAUCUAUAUAUAUAUAUAUUUUAUAAAUAUGUA